AUGUUGCUGGUGUACCACCAGAAGGCUCGGAAAUCCAAGAAAAAAGUAGUAGUAAAAGACCAACUUUUUAUGAGUGAAGACAUUACCUUCAGGUCUCAUACUGAGCAGGCGACCAGUCAGGAGAAAGCUGAGUGGAUGGACGAUGAGGAUUUUUCAAGAUCUAGGAGAGCGUCUAAGGACCCCAGUAUCCGCCCGAAGAUGAAGUCGCUGCUCUGGUUCGUGACUUCCCUGGUGGCGCUCGAGAUGUCGUUGGCGGAAGUUCACGCGAUCCCGAAGACCUCCUUCGUCAGGGACUUCGUCAACUUCUAUCGCAUUUCGAGAGUUUGCGUCAUCAGUCCUGACACGAACCCCUGGCUUUCGGAGACGCUCAGGCAGCUCAUCCGCUUCCCCGGUUGCUUCACGUCGGCGCCGGGCGUUCGAAAAGGAGCUUCGAAUCCUGCAUCCGGGAACGCGACUCGACCCCAUCCUGCUCCGCGCUUCUCCUGCAGGGGACUUCGUGUGAUGAGGCUCGGGACGCCUUCAGAGCGAGAACUUUUUAAGGAGAUCUUUAUCGGGGAGGAGAUAAGGCAGAGAUGGUUGCUGGUUUCCGGCAGUGAUUUCCCUCAGCUGCUCGAACCCGUUUAUUUGCCUCUCAGUAAUAUGAUCACAAUCGCGAACUUCAGCAGUGACGGCAAAGUGGCAACACUCUGGGAAUCAUAUCAGGUAAGCGAACACCUCGAGCAACGGACUCAACCCGUCGGACGUUGGGUGUCCAUCGCUCGGCCCCCUCACGCAAGAACGGACACCCACGCCCAGUUUGAGAGUGCCACUGCCGGUGAGAAGUUAGCGGCCGAAGGGGUGUUCUCCUCGCAUCCUCUGGUCGCUGGACUCGCCAUACCGAAGGUGGUGAGAGUGGAGAGGAGGCGGCUGGGUGUCGGCGCGUUGGAGGCCCCCGUCGACGACCCUCCACUUCGACGGCGGGACUUGACGGGUCUUCAUGUGAGGUGCACGACUGUGGAGUACGAGCCGCUGGUCGUCCUGAAGCACCAUCUCGACGGAACGGUUCGUGUGAAGGGUCUUUUUGGAAAGGUUUUCGAUGCCCUCAGAGAGAUUACGAAUUUCACGUCCACGUGCCGGCGAGUGCGAGAUGGCCAGUGGGGGGUCGAGGUCGGCGGCGAGUGGCGCGGCAUGGUCGGGGAGGUGGUCGACGGGACCGCAGACGUCGCCGUCGCUCCGCUGGCGAUCACCCUCGAGCGCAGCGCCGUCGCCGAGUUCCUCCUCAACGUCGUGGCCUCGAGUUACGGAAUAGCAAUGAGACGACCGUCCAACGAGGAUUACAUGUGGACUGUUUACACGAAGCAGUUCGAACGAGGCGUCUGGGGGAUGAUGGUGACCGUGGCUCUGGCCUUGGGAGCUGCGCUGUACGUGGUGUCUCGGUGGUCCAAGAACGAAUGCGAAGCCCACCUCUCGGAAUCGUUUUUCACCGUCGUCGGCUUUCUCUUUGGCCAAGGUACAACUCUAGGGUUUCACACAGUGGCAGGGAGAACGGUGAUGCUGACGGCACUGCUGUUGCAAUUAAUAUCCCUUGCAUACUACACCAGCAACAUGGUCUCGGCUCUCACCGUCGGGCCUUCGCUUCCGGCCCUGAAUGACCUGCGGGAUGUUCACAACGACCCGGCAAUCACAUUCGGCUUCGUCAAGGGCACUGCGAACACCAUUGAUUUCAGGGACUCGAGCAAUCCGCUGCUCCAGGAGGUAUGGCGCAACAUAGAGGAGGAAGACCUAAGUCCUACAGCGCCUGCAGGAAUGGAACGCGUCCGGGAGGGUGAUUAUGCUCUCAUGCUGUGGGAACUCUUCUUCGACAUGAACUACGGACAUGACUGUCGCGUUUUCAUGCUUCCGGCACGGUAUUUCUCGACGUACACGUCCUUCGCCCUCCCAAGGGACUCGCCUCUUGUUCCUCUCAUGAACAAACUGAUCCUCGACAUCGUCUCCUCGGGCCUCCUCAGGAAAUGGUGGACGGAGUUGAGCUACUCCACCACCGACUGCAGCGCCCUGGAAGCAACGCCCAUCGAGCUGAAGACGGUCCUCACGCCCUUCCUCCUGCUCGGCCUCAGUGCCCUUGUUUCGCUGGGGAUCCUGGCCGCAGAACGUUCUCUCUGCCAGACAAGGACUCCUGCCUCGCUAAAGAAGUACAGCAGUGUCCCGAAGGAAUAGAUGUAAACAUUAAGACAAGUGAGAAAGGCAUAGCACUGAAAGAGAGUUACUGUACUGCAUUUCUUCCCUUUUUUC